CUCCAGCCACUUUUACCGCGACAAGAACCAGAAUGGAAAAACAGCACGGGGAGAAAUUACGUUUUUUUCAGUCAACUAGCAAGCUAACAGGCUAGCUAACCUUAGCUCCAGGAUCACAAGGUACCACCUCUCAAGGCAGCAGUCGUAGCGAAAUGUAUGUACUCUACACAGUCAUCGCGUCUUUAGUUUCUUUUUUUAUUUUGAAAUGGAUGAAAAAGAGGAGGUAUUGCACGGACCUGAAAAGACUUGAUGGAAAAACAGUUCUUAUUACAGGUGGGAACUCUGGCAUUGGCAAGGACACAGCCGUUGCCUUGGCAAUGAGAGGUGCCCGUGUCAUCAUUGCUUGCAGAGAUGUGGACAAGGCUGAGAAGGCUGUGAGGGAGAUCAAGUUCAAGAGUCACAGUCUCAACGUUGUUCACAUGGAGCUGGAUCUGGCCAACCUGCGCUCUGUGCGAGAUUUCUGUAAGAGCUUCCUCCAGAGAGAGAAGAGGCUUGAUGUCCUGAUCAAUAAUGCAGGCAUGCCCAGUGUCCUCGACUGGACGGACGACGGCUUCAGCAUGUGUUUUGGUGUCAACCACUUGGGUCACUUCCUCCUGACCAAUCUACUUCUGCCUCGCCUGAAGGAGUGCGCCCCUAGCCGGGUGGUCACCCUCACAUGCUCCACCUACAAAUACCAGAAACUGGACUUCCAGGACCUCAACUACAAUCUGCUGCCCUUCUUCACCUACUGCCGCAGCAAGCUGGCCAACAUCUACUUCAGCCAGGAACUGGCCCGCAUCACCGAAGGGAAAGGCGUGACCUCCUAUGUUGUGCACCCUGGUUUUGUCCAAAGUGGCUGGACGUGCCAUUACUCCAUCCUGUUCCGGAUGCUGAUGCAGGUGAUCAUGUGGAUGUUUUUUGUGCCCUGUGAGAUUGGAGCUCAGACUGUCAUCUACUGCGCUGUGUCAGAUGAAGCUGCCAAACACUGCGGAGGUUACUUUGUCGACUGCCGACCUGCUACUCUGCGUCCUUUCGCAAGAGACGCUGGUGUGGCCAAAAAACUGUGGGAGGCCAGUGAGAGACUGGUGAAACUGGCCUGAUGGUGGAAGUUGGAGAGAAUGUUUCUUUAGUUUUAUAUUUUGACAAGAGUUAUUUAUGAGCACGUACUUCGUAUUUGUUUGUUUUUUUCAUUAGCAUUUCUGUUGCUACUUACUUGACUGUAUUUUUACUGUCUUUGGAGAGUACAUUGUAAAUUAGUGACAUUGUAAUUUUAUGUUAAAAACUUGGGUUAACCCAUAAAGUGACAUGGUGGUUAUUAUUUCCCAAAAUAUUUAAACGUAGGUAUUAACCCAGGUUUUCCUGUAGUCAUUUGUUUGCAAUGCCAAUGCAUAUUGUAUUUUUUGUUUUUUCACUUGAAAUUUCACUUUUUGUUUUAACGAUUCAUAGGCACUGAAUGUGGAAAGUUAACAUCUGUUAAUAAAUCAAACAGCUCCAUCUGCUGGUAAGAAAAUAUUACAGCAGCUGUCAGUUAUUUACUUCAAAGGAAGGAAAAUGAAGUCUCUUAAUGGUUCUGUGAGGAUGAGCAGAGAGCUGUGUGUCCUGUCUGUGAGUUUUCUCUGCACCAGAAUCACAAGCUGGUUCCUGUAGAACAAGCAGUCAGUGACCUGAAGGACCAGCUGAAAUCUGACUUAAAGUCUCUGCAGGACAAGAGGGACAAAUACAAACAAGUGGAGGAAACAUACAAUGAAGUGAUUCAACACUCAAAGAAGCAGCUGUUGUCCACAGAGAAGCAGAUCAGAGCAGAGUUCAACAAGCUCCACCAGUUCCUGAGAGAGGAAGAGGAGUCCAGACUGGCAGCUGAGGGAGGAAGAGGAGCAGAAGGGGUGGACUGAUGAAGAGAGAUGAAGAAGAUUCAGCAGCAGAUCUCCUCUCUGUCAGACAGUAUCUGUGCUGUUGAAGAAGACCUGCAAAAAUACAACGUGCCAUUCCUCAGAGGGGAGGUGUCCUUCUACGACCCUGAAGACAUGACUCACAUCUACACUCACAGACACUUCCACUGAGAAACUCUUCCCAUAUUUCAAUAUUGAUGACUGCUGCUGACAUCAAAAUCUGUCAAACUGAUGUUUCUGUGUGAUGAUCAGGGAUGUUACUUGUAGGUGUUUGUGGUGUGUGUGUCUCAGGGUCACACUAAUGUUUGCUUACACUCUCUGCAGUCCCUGUAAUUAAUUGUUCAAAGUGGUUUUCAAGAAGGUUUGUUCUUUUCUUGGAAUCUCAAAUGCCUCUCAAUCAAUGUUUGGAAUCAAUGUUCGUUUAACCACAUUAUUUUAGAAAUUGAAAUUAGACAACUUGCUCACAUUCUAAUUACUGCUGAAAUCAUAUCAACUGGCUAUUUGGCCGUGUUGUUUUGUAUCUACGUACACUGCUGCUUUAUUAGCAAUAUCUCUUUAAACAAUGUAACAAAUUGGCUUGAUAAGAGGCCUCUUGUUUUUCCUCAGUCACAGUGUAGUGUGUUAUUUCACUUUGGGGGCUGUCAUUUUACUCUGAGGACAUGAGAUAUUUGAUCAUUUUCUGAUUUAGCUGAUAAAUUGUGAUUUCUAGUUGACAAAAUACAGGUGCAUUUGUCUUUUGACUGGACUGUCACCCUGUUCCUCCUCCUCUGUUCCGCCCCACCCAACCACACACCUGUUCUAAUUUCCCUCAUCUGCUCUUCAUUGUCUCUUCACUGGACUUCAUUGUCAGCCAUAUUGUUAAAUCAUCCGUGUUCUUUUGCCUUUACACUUUUCUGUUUAUCUGUUGCCUUGUUACCAGAACCUUUUUUAGUCUGCCUGACUUAUGUGUUUGACUUUUUGUUUGUAUGUUGGAUUUUGGAUUCUUGCUUGCUCCUUUUGAGUUUACUUGCCUGUAUUGGACUGCAGCCUGUCUCACUCUACCAUAAGUCUUUUGUGUCCAUCUGUUUUUUUAAUUGUGAUAAUAAAUUUGUUUGAACUCCACCAGCUCUUACUCACAAGUUUGCAUUUGGAUCUUUCCCCAUUUAUUCCUGUUUGCACAAUGUGUGAUAGUCUU